CGUGACCCUCCGACUGGACGCUUGCGGCACUUGUUAACUUUUUUUUAGGUAAUGAGUGCUAAUGUUUAUAACUCUCCAAACAUAUAAUGCCAGAUCCGGCUCAUGCCCUGCUUGUUGGUUUAUUCUUUUCUCUUGAAUACCGUUACGAGUUAAGUAAAAGAAGCGCAUCCAUCAUGGUGCUCUCCCACCAGGUCUCUCCACCGGAGUUCAAGUGUGGUAUGAGGACGGCACCAGCCUGUGAUUAAAUGGGGGGCACAAACAACUCUCCGCCUGGAUUACGGUUGGGGCUUUCUACAGCAAAAGGUCAUUAGGAGCUACAGAAUUAGAACUGGAGUUUGCCUGAUGCCAGCAGAUUGGCAAUGAAGGACACGCGCUUCAAUACAAUUGUAAUAGGAGAACAGCUGUCAAGUCAUGUCUUUAAACUACAUCAAGAACUUUUAUGAAGGAUGUCUCAGGCCUCCAACAGUGAUUGGUCAGUUUCACACACUGUUCUUUGGAUCUGUGCGCAUGUUCUUUCUUGGGGUCCUGGGCUUUGCAGUUUAUGGCAAUGAAGCCUUGCACUUCAGCUGUGAUCCAGACAAGAGAGAGUUAAACCUCUACUGUUAUAACCAGUUCAGGCCAAUAACACCUCAGGUUUUCUGGGCUUUACAGCUGGUGACUGUUUUGGUUCCUGGAGCUAUUUUCCAUCUUUAUGCUGCCUGUAAAAAUAUCGACCAGGAAGAAAUUCUUCAACAACCCAUCUACACUGUUUUUUACAUCAUUUCUGUCCUGCUAAGAAUUAUUCUGGAGGUCAUAGCAUUUUGGCUUCAGAGCCACCUUUUUGGCUUUGAGGUGCACCCUCUUUACAUGUGUGAUGCCAGUGCUCUGGAGAAAAAGUUUAACGUUACCAAGUGUAUGGUGCCUGAACACUUUGAAAAGACCAUCUUCCUCAGUGCCAUGUACACCUUUACUGUCAUCACAGUGGUGCUCUGUGUUGCAGAGAUUUUUGAGAUCCUCUGUAGAAGACUGGGUUAUUUUGCCAGUCAGUGACCUGAAUUUUAUUUGCUACGGAGCUACAGGUCGGAGUACAGUAUAAAUACUCUUUUUGUGCUUUUUAUCAAGUCUAAUCCAGGCUUUUACAUGGAAACAAAGGCCUCGAGCUACAUACUGUACAGUACCUCUGCUUUUUUUCAGUUGGGAGUUGACAUAGAAAGGCAUUUCAUGUGUUCAUUGCUGCAAUCGCGAUUUUCAAAAGAACCCAGUGUAGUUUUCUUUUUUUCUGAAAACAUAAGUUUUUUAUUGUAAAGUGUUGGUAGGUUUUAGUUUUUCAAACAUUAUGUUUUUAUUUUAUUUUUUAAAUUAAGAAAAAUUGCAAGCUUAAAAGGUCAGAGGUGGACAUGAUUUUACAUGAAAUUAUAAAUUUUAUUAGAGAGAACUGUCAAUCCUACACCUGUGUCUUUUCCAUAAGUAAAAUGGGUUUUAUAGAACGGAAUAGCACUGAUUGUUUCCCAGGUCUUUGUUUUAAAAGCAAGACCAUGUACAGUAUAAUAACAGAUCCCAUCACUAUUUCGUGUGCUUCAUAUAAAUAACAAUGUCAUUAUUUCAAUAAGGUUAUGUAUUUCAAGAUCAGAAAAUGCGAAAUAAAGCAUUUGCAUUUAAGAGCAGGUCCAUUAAAAAUAUAUACUUUAACAUAAUUUUCACAAUUCAUGCGUUGGGAAUACCUUGAAGGCUUACAAGUAGUACAAGUAGAUUUACAAGUGAAGAAAAUACACUAUUUUGGAAAUAAAAGGAAAGGCUUAAAAAGCCUAAAGAACUGAGGAUAUCCUGAUCGAUUUUUAUGACUUUAAUAUAUUCUGUAUUUUAAAAAAUACAAAAAGCUAUGUCUUUGGUGGUCUUUGGUGGUAUAACGUUUUCAUAGCCUACUGAUUUGCAGUAUUUUUGGUUGAUGUUGAGCGAGGAAAAAAAGAUGGUUAUUUGUUAGACAGCCAAAAACAAAAUGUAAAUUAUUAAAAAGAUCUUAUAGACAGUCAGUAUCUGCAUAGCUCGCAAAUUAUACUGUGUAGCUAUCAGUAUGCUUCGUGAUUGGUCAUUUCAAGCUCUGUCUUUGAGAAUAAAAGCCUAGAUAGUUUUCAAAAUCCUGUGGAACAUCUUUUUUACUUUUCCAAAGCAGUUAAAUACAGAAGAUAGCCAUGCUAUCAGAGAUAGAUUACAGAGGGAAAGCAACAUAUUUUAAAUUGUGUUUUACCUUGUAAUAUACCCCUAGUGUCUUGGGUUAAGACCUAUCUAAGAAGGGCUGCUCAAAGUGUGACUUGGAGUUUUGACUGUUCUAUGAACCUUUUUCCUUAUCCUUCCCAGAGUCUAUAGUAACCAAAGUGUGUUUUGAUUCAAUCCCUGAGUCACAUUUUAUACAACAAUGCUUACCUCUUUUAUUUUGUUUCUUGGCAUCUGUAAGCUAUUAUCAAACAUCCAUCCAACUUUUGUUUUGUUUGCAGGUAAAUGUAUCAUCUCAGGUACAAUAUAGGAUUCCAUGUACUGGAUAUCAAUGCCAGCAUGUUAAUGUCUAUCCCUUUAUAAUUUCAAAAUUAAGUAUUGCAGCAAGUCAUGGAGUAACCUGUUGACAUUAGCAGAUAUGUUACAUGAUUAGGGUAAUUUCUUCUAAAAUAAUUUAUUGUAAAUUAUUAAUUAAUAAUGUGUUUGGAUUUUUGUUGUACUAGUGCUACUGUUAGUCUGAGUUUUUUAGCUGAAAUACAUUGUCAGGUGAGUCCUUGGACGUAGAAUACUGGUCAUUAAAAUGGAUGUCAUUCAGUUAUCCAUGUCAUAGUAAUAAUAAUCCCCUAAAUUAUAUUGUUUUGUGUAAUUUGGUUGCUCAUGCGGUCAAAAAUAAAAAGUGGCAAACCCCAUGAUCACCUUGUUGGUUCAGCUGAUUUGUGUAAUGUAGUUAUUAAAAGCUAAACCCUACCAGCGAAUAGUUUCUUCAUCCUGCUCUUCAGUAAAAUUAAUUUUUCAAAUGUCUUUAGAUGUCUGAAUAUUACAAAAAUAAAACUAUUUCUUACAAUGCUAUGCUAAU